AUGGCGCUCUCUCGACUGCUUAACUCGUCCACGAAUAGGCGGCUCACGCGCGACUCGAUCCUUCCAGGCCCCGUUUCUAUUACUACUGGCGUGCACUGGAGGACGCUGCUCGCGGUAUAUGAGGCCUCAGACUCGCCCAGGACGUUCAAAUCCUGUCACCAGCUACUACCAAGACUUACUCUUGGAAUGGGAAAUUCUCCAGCUCAUAUCAAUGCACCGCAUCCGCCCCCUGCCUAUGCAGGGCCACCUCCUCCAUAUCUACGCCAGCCUUUCACUCAAUCGUAUGAUCGCAAAACUCAUCCGCGUCCCGGGGGUGCUGGCAUGACCGCAACCUCCCAUAACGCGCCACUGGUCACCUCGCGAGAUGAGUAUCUCUUCAGAGAUCACGCUCACUCGCGCUCAAGACUUCAUGUAGAGAGCUACGGGCAGCUUGGUCCGGAAGAGUAUCGAGGUCGGGCAGGUCCCACGAACCCAGAUCACUCGCUCGACCGAGUUGACUUGGACGCGCCGUUUCCUUCACUGGCCUGGUCGCCUGUAGGACGUAAUACGCGAAGAUGA